CGCACCAGCACGGUUCAAUCUCGUCGAAAGUGAUCAGGAAGAAAGUCAUUCCGCGUGCGUUCGUGAUCGUGCAUUUCACCAUUCUUCCAAGGCUGCCCCAAAACAUCAACCGUAAGAAUGGACCGUUGUUGCCUGUUUGUGAUGGGAUUUCUGUGGAUCGUCACCCUACAUACGAGCGGUGCGAACUUGUUGAACACGAACCAGGAUCUGGUGGUGCAGUUCGGAACGUACGAUGCAAUGUUCCAGCAGUGCUUCUACCAGAAGCUUUACUCCGGCAUGAUCAGCCCGCAAAGUGUGACGUUUAACAAUCCGGCGGCGAAAGCGAUCAAGUACGUUAUUGUGGAAUCGGAUCAGAAGAUUGAUCUUGGCGGUAUAGCGGCCUCGAUCACGGCGGGCACGGUCGGUGACAGCAAGGCGAUCACGGUGCAGGUAAACACCUCGCCGAACACGAUCAAAUUCCUGAACAAUUUCACGGUGAAAAUGUACUGCGAGAAAUAAAGUAGUUUGUGUA